ACUGUGUGGAGAGCAUGGGUUAUGAUAUUGAGCGUUUCGUUGGCUAUGUUAAUGAAGGGCUGUUAUGCUCCAUCUGCCGUGAUGUGUUAGAAGAUCCGUUACAGGCACCUUGUGAACACGCUUUCUGUACAGCUUGUAUACAUGGAUGGCUUGUUCAUCACAGUAACUGCCCUGAAGACAGACAAAUGAUUGAUGUAUCUUCACUACGACCUCUCUACAGAUAUAUGAAAAAUGAUUUAAACCGUCUUCAGCUACAUUGCAAAAACAGAGAGUAUGGCUGUCAAAUGGUUUGUUCUCUGGAGUCUAUAGACAGGCAUGAAAGGGAGUGUGAAUACAGUCAGAUACCUUGCUCCAAUGCCGGUUGUACAGUUCAGAUUGAACGACGUAACUUAGAUGGUCACCUGGCAGUGUGUGAAUAUCGGAGCCGUGAAUGCCCCAAUGGUUGUGGUUACACCAUUCUCAGUGCAGAAGACACACAGCAUAAUUGUGUAGCAGAGCUAAGAACCGAGCUAGAACUACUUCGGUCAGAAAUGAUCUGCAGAGUGGAGGAGGCAAAACAUGAGAUGGAGUCAAGGUUAGAUUCACAGAGAAGGCAUAUGGUCCAAAAGGAGAGUAUUCUGCAAAAUGAAAUUGAAGAACUAAAGAGUCAGAUGUCACGAAUGAUGUCAGAUGUACGCUCUCUGAUGGCUGCCGAGAGACAGCACCGUCAAGAGCUGGAGCAGGCAGAGCUGGAAAAACGGGAAUUAAUGGAGCUGCUGAGGGGGCUGCAGAAGGACUGUCGAUUAAAUACUACAGAAGGAAGCAGGAAGUCAACAAAUUUCCGCCCUCUAGCACGACUAGAGAGUGUAAAACGAAAACCUAGGGAAGUUACAGUUAUCUAAAUAUAAGUAAGCUCAAAAAGCAUUUUCUUCUAAUUUCUGUGACCUUCUGGCAAACUUUUCCACUUUCUAUGAAUGAUUGGUAAACUGUGUAUCAUUUCUGAUUUACUUGCUUUCUUUUUAAAUCUAGAUUACUACUUUAUUUCCUCUUGGGGCAUAAAAACAAAUGGGGGAAUUUUCUCUUAGGGAACACUGGGCAUUAAAACCAGUAAUUGACAAAUACCUUUUUAGCUGAUGUUUUUAUAAAAAGGGGGAAGGAGACUUGAUUUAUUAUCUCUUCAGUGCAUCAUUUACAGGAGUCUUUCAAGCCUGAAAGCUUAAGCCUGAAAGCUUAAGCUUGAGACAGAAAGAAAAUAUGAUCAUCAGUAAUGACAUUUGGGAUGUACUUAAUUUGGGGAAAAGUCAGUAAUAGAAUUAGUAAGUCAGUAAUAGAAAUUAAAAGAUUUUGCUUGUUUAUGGUCUGUAGAAGGUCUAUUUCAAAGGCGGAAAGAAAGCACUUGAAAUUGUAAUUCGACUGCUAUCUAACAGCUUCAGGUGAGGUUGACUCAUAUUUUAGAGCUUCUGUAGUUUUCCAGGCUGAUAGACACUUAAGAGACUGAUACCAAAGCCCAAGGUAAUAGAGUCAUCUAAAACCUUUUAAAUAGAUGUGUGAGUAACUUGGAGUUUGUGGGAGGGCAUCUGUAUUUUAUUUAAAAAUCUGAAAUUUUUGUAUGUGAAAGUAUCAACUAUUUCUACAGGGUCCUUUAAGCUUAACAGCAGCCCAUUCGGUACUCAGUGUCUUUAAAGCAUAUAUAAAUACCUUGAGUAUUCUUAAUUUUCUUUUGGCAGGUUUAAGGCUACUUGAACAUUAAUAUCCACAACAGACAAAUAUUUGCACAGUCACUUGGACUUCAGGUGUCUUUAUUAGUACUCAAGUUUGCAACUGUAUAAGAGCUAGGAUUUUUUAACAGACCCACAAAUAGUGAAUCAAGGGGGCAUUUAUCUGUAAGGACUGCAUGAGAAAUCUGUACAGUUCAAAGACUUUUCUCUAAACUUCUCACACAGCCUGUUCAUGUUGUUUUCAGUGCUAUAAUUAAGCCAUAUUCUGUCCUCUCUUGCAGCUCUUCAGUGGAGUAACUAGGGGAGAAGCUGGCCUCCUGUUUACUGAAUGUGCUAAAUCAGUUUUGAGCUUUCAGGAAAAUGUGUGCAGGUGCAACAAUCUGAAUAAGCUAAUUUGAUAGUUUAGAAAGCAAAUACAUUACUGUGCAUGCCUUGCUGUCACUCAGAGCAAUGCUUUUAUGGCUAACAGCAUAACCAAAGAGAGAGCCAGCAACCUUCUUUAGCACAUGUACUACAUUAUGAAGACUUGCGAUCAGAGCCGUCUUAACCUCAGGCAUUAAUAAAUCCUUCUAACUUGCUGUUUCUUUACUACCACUGAAGCAGAUGUGCACAUGUUCAGCUCUUGUGUAUUUUAAAACUGACAGAAAAAAUGCCUCUGUAGAAGUUGGCUGGGUUUUUUUCUGAAAGAAAACAUUCGUAGGAAGAGUUAUGUCCAAAUAUUUAUUUGUUUUCAGUCCUUAUAUUCUAGAUUAAAUUACAAUCAUUGACAGUAUUUAGGUCACUAUAGCAGCCUCACCAAGUCAUGACAUAGCACGUCUCUUAAGCAGCCGUAUUUAACAAUCUGAAAUAGUAAAACAGUAGCUAUAAUUUGGGAAGACCUUCAUUCACACUAAACAUUCAGUGGUCAAUUCACAUACAUCAGUGUGCAUAUUAAAGCUGUAGGUAGAAAAUGAGAAUGCUUUUAUUAUCUUGUGUUCUAAAUAAGCGAGCCAUUAGUGUCUGUGGUCUGUCUGUUUCAGCAUUCACGCUAAUUUUGAAGCUUCUUGGCAGCACCAGAUUUCACGCUAUUAGAAUCAAUGUAUUUUCAGGAUGUGCUCUUCUGUGUACUGUAACUGUGUGGUUCUGUGAUGUGACUUUAUCUGCUUUGCUUAAUGUGAAAGAAGAAAAUUCCUUCAAAAUCCUGUAGAACUCAGCUGAGCUGGAUCAUUGUUCCCAAGUUGGAGGGCAGUAAUGAUCACCCAAUCUUUUCUGUUCUGACCACAGGAAAAAGCAAGUUAUUAGCUCUGUGCUUUCUCCAUAACGGGAUCUCUGCAUUUGUUUGUUUUAGGAAUUUCACCCACUUACUUAUAACUAAUUUCUUUCUAGUAUAGGAAAUAGGGUUCAUUUAAUACUUACUUAGCAUUUGGUCUGCUGUCUGUCCCCUAAGUGACAGACAUGAAACUGUGUAAGAAGACGCAUCCUAGGUGGUAAGGAAGGACUUUCUGAUACGCAAUCUAUGUAGCUUCUAGUUGCCAGCUCUGGAGAGUCUCAACUUCCCGUGUUGAAAUGUGGCAACACUUUGGGCCCACCUGCUGCUGGAAUGACCUGUCAGCUUGGGUUUCCUUUAGCAGCAAAGGAGCACUUGCAGAGAUAUUUUAAAUGGGCACAUACCAGCUGAUAACAUCAGAUCCCUCCAGUUACUUUAAGCUUAAUCCCAUUCCUCAGUGUUGAUAACUGUUCUGCACUUGAGAUUUUCCUCUGCGAAUGAACCACUCACAGGGUGGUAUAUGCUUAAGUAUGGUCAUCAUUUUACCUGUCUUAAAAUUAACUAGGCUGAAAUUAAAUAUCCCACUACUAUGUUAAUAUUUUAUCUAGUUUUAGCUUUUCCAGCUCUUAAUAACAGCUGGCAGAAGCAAGGAAUUUUUUUCUUUCUUUCAAUAGUCUGUUAAUGCUGUUUAUAAAAACUAAGGGUCCAGGUAUUGUAGUAGACUUGGUGUAAGAGAAGACAUGCACUUGGAAAUGCUACUUCCCUAGUCAUGAUCAUAUCUUAGGAUUAGAUGAGAGAUACCGCUGAAAGUGCGUAACAGGAGGGUCCAGCACUGAAUUACUGGUAUUAGUAGUCUCAUGCUAAAUAGCACUUCGGUCAGUUCCAUUUCCUUAGUGGAACUGUGCUGAGCGUAAGUUGAACAGUUACUCAGGUGGACCAGUAACUGUGCAAGCAGUUGUUGUAUUUUUAGUUGCUUCUAAUAACACUUUGUGGCUAGAAAAGGGAGAGCAAAGACUGUGGAGCAGGGAGAGUGGAGAGAAAGAGUAAGUGCGGUCUGUCUGUCUUCCCUCAGCCCAAGAGCAAUGAUGAAGCUGCACCACUCUGUACACCAGCUAGCUUACGAGUGUAAACUGCUACAAUUAACAUAGCAUUAGAAUUAAAAGGAGAGUAAAUCUUUAGCCACAAGUAAGUGGGUACUAAAUGUCAUAGUACCAAAACUGGGAGAUUUGCAAACAAAACUCGUAGAGAGCAGGCUGUUAAGUAACAUAUGUGAGAUUGCAAGGUAUUGCAAGGAGUUGAGCAAAUCCUUAUCCUGCAUUAAAUUGGGUAAAGAAUAACACUAAGGAUGUAUUUAGAUAAAUUAAUAUUUUAAAGUGAGUGGUAAGUUUGUCUUUGAAAGAAAAUCGACAUUUACAUAUUUAUUCUGAAGACCCAAGAGGCCAAUUACAAAUACAUUUAAACUAGUUCCCUCAACUGACUUCUCCACUUAAGAAGUCAAAUUCAAGACAAAAUAUUGUUUCCUCUGUUUCCUUCAGCAUUAAAGCUGCAUUCCCUGUUCUCCUGCACUCCUCCCAAAGCAAAAAAUUGUCGGUGGUCUUGGCCAGUAUGGACCAUUGCUGCUUGGAUUACUUUAUUUGGAACAGCAACAGUAAUUCUGGGGAGAGCUUCUGGUAGGUUUGGAUGAGAUUGAACAAAAGGUGUGGAACUGAGAACCACGCAUCUGAGCCAGGUGCAGGAGUGGUAAGGAAGAAUUUUGCUGGACUUCCUAAUUAAGGUGGCAGUUUUUAAUUAGCAUGGUUCUAGUAUUAGAUUAACAGUCUUAUACAAGAUAAAUUACUUUAACAGCACAUAUAUACAAGAGUUUCUUGUCAGCACAGAAGGGAAUGAUAUUACAUAGUCAAGUGAAAUAGUGAAGUAUUUUGACUGGCCAAAAGUGGUUUUAUCUAUCUAUCUAUCUCAAAUGUUUAUAGGUGUUUUUAAAGAAGUUUAAUGUGUUAAUAGAUCCCAGGUGGCAAACAGUUCCCAAGAGAUACAGAAAUGGGUAGGCUUGCAAAUUAACCUUUCCCUGUGCUGUCCUCUUGGAUGUUUCUGGCAUGGUGCUUUUCUACAGCCCUUUUCCUUAGGAGUGCUGGAUGGUAUUUAAAAGGAGCAGUACUAGCCUUGCCUUUCUCCCGUACUGCUUAUCGGAUGAAGUAUGGUAGGUCAGGGAGAUUUUUACCACAUAGAUAGAUGCCUUUAAAAAGACCUACAAUUCUAUGCAACUUUCUAUUAACAAAUAAACAUUGAACUGUCUUCCAGCAUUAUGGUUCACUGCCAAUCUAUUUACAUUUUCUAUCUUUAUAUACACAAGAAAAAUAAACCAGUGCGUAACAGACCGUAAUCUCCAGUCUGUAAAAGAACCAGUAAUGUUAUUUGUAUCACUUUGAAGUACACUUUGUAUAAAAGUUGAACUAAUAAAGGGUCUAUACCAUA